AUGGCCAGUGCCCAAGAAGCAUCCAAUGGUGACGGCCGGAGACGGCCACUCGGGCGCCGGGUGCUUGUGUUCCCGCUGCCGUUCCAGGGCCACAUCAACCCGAUGCUGCAGCUCGCCGACGUGCUGCACUCCCGGGACCUUGCCGUCACCGUCCUCCACACCCGAUUCAACGCGCUGGACCCCGCCCUCCACCCUGAGUUCACGUUCGUCGCCGUGCCCGACGGCAUCCCUGCGGACGUUGCCGCUUCGGGGAGCGUCAUCUCUAUCAUCCUCGCCAUGAACGCCGCCAUGGAGGAGCCGGGGGCCGUCCGCGACGCCCUCGCAUCGGUGCUCGGGGAUAAGGGGAAGCCCACGGCCGCGUGCCUGUUCAUCGACGCCAACCUCCUGGCCGUGCAGAAGGCCGCCACGGCACUCGGGCUCCCGACCAUGGUGCUGCGCUCCGCCAGCGCCGCCUGCUUCAGCUGCUUCCUUGCCUAUCCCAUGCUCCACCAAAACGGUUAUCUGCCUCCCAAAGAAUCGGAGCUCUACACGCCGGUGAAGGAGCUGCCACCGCUGCGUGUCAGGGACCUGUUCUUCUCGAGCAGCAGCAACCAUGAAAUGAUGCGCAAAGUUCUGGCCAGAGCGACUGAAGCAGUGAUGAACUCAAAAGCCCUCGUCAUCAACACGUUCGACGCACUCGAAACCGCCGAGCUUGAGAGGAUCCGAAGGGAGCUAGACGGCGCCGUCGUGCUCGCGGUCGGCCCACUACACAAGCUCUCCGCCCGGAGCACCGGGAGCAGCUUGCUGCGCGAGGACCGUAGCUGCAUCGAAUGGCUGGACACGCAACCCACAGGGUCCGUGCUGUACGUGAGCUUUGGGAGCUUGGCAUCCAUGGACGCUGCCGAGCUCUUGGAGGUCGCUUGGGGAUUGGCGAACAGUCGCCAGCCAUUUCUAUGGGUUGUUCGACGGGACCUCGUGCGAGGAUCACACGGAUCAGAUCUGCCGGAGGGGUUUGGUCUCGCCGUGGAGGGAAGGGGCAAGGUGAUCCCGUGGGCCCCGCAGCAGGAGGUGCUGGCCCACCCUGCAGUGGGUGAGUUUUGGACGCACAAUGGCUGGAACUCAACACUGGAAGGCAUCAGCGAGGGUAUCCCCAUGAUCUGCAGGCCUCAGUUCGCGGACCAAAUGAUGAACACGAGAUAUGUGGAGGCAGCAUGGGGUGUAGGGUUUGAGCUGGAGGGUGAGUUGAAGAGAAACAAAAUCGAGGAGGCAGUUCGGGAGCUUAUGAAGGACGCCAAGGGAGUGGUUGCAAGGGAAAGAGCACAGGAGCUAAAGAAGAAGGUGGAGUCUUGUUUAGAGAGUGGCGGGUCUUCUCUGUUAGCCAUUGAUAAGUUGAUUGGGCAAAUAUUGUCUCUGUAA